CCUGUGACAGCCUGCACCUACCAGAGGGGGGAGAGAUCAAGUGUGAGGGAGAGAGGCAGAAGGCGAGGCAGUGAGCAGCUGAGGAUCCCAGGGACCCGGUGCUGAUCCCACAGCUGAGCACGGACUGCAGGAGCUGCAGCUUCACCACUGAGCACACUGCAGAGGAGAGGGGGACCUUUAGGAAGUCGUGUGCAGAUUGCUAAUAUCUGUGACCAGGAGACCUCUUCAACUGCUAUGAAGAGUUCUGUGAUCUGAGGCAACAAACCAACAGCUGUGGUCCUGGGAGGAGCAGAAUUGAAUUAAAGCAGGAUCAGCUCAGAAGCUCGACCUCUAAGGCAGACCUGUAGUCUAUUUGUAUUGACCACAAGCAGCCAAGCAAAGCACCAUGACAACCCGUCCGGGAGUGAAAACUCUCCAGAAAUCUUCCAUCCGAGGAGUUCACAUUACCCAGUUUGUGGAUAAGAUUCCAAAAGGAUGCAGCACACCGGACUUUGAGCGGAAACCUGUCAGUCUAACAUUGCAGGAAGGUAAAAAUGCCAUAUUCAGAGCUGUGGUCAAGGGUGUCCCCGCCCCUGAGGUGAAAUGGAAACGUGCAAAAGGAGAAAUAAAUGAUCCUGCCAAAUAUCUGAUGUUCUACAGUCCAGCUACAAGCGAACACAUUCUGCAGAUAAAUAAAAUCACUGCAGGUGACUCUGAUUUGUACCGUUGCUUUGCUGUAAAUGAAUAUGGGGAAGCUUCAUGUUCUGCUGGCCUCAGGAUCAUACAAGUUGGCUUUAAGAGGAAAGCAAACUAUGUGACUGGCCAUCCUGCUGAAGAAUUGAAAAAGAGUCUUCAGGACCUCAAGAAGACGCUGAAGAAGCGGGCUCCACUACCAAAACAGAAAGUACUGGACAAAGAUGCAGUCUUCCAACUGUUGCUGCAUGCAGAUAAGAAAGAUUAUGAGAGAAUCUGUAUCAAGUAUGGAAUUUCUGACUUCCGUGGCAUGCUGAGAGCGCUGCAGGAUUUGAGGAAGGAUACGGAGAAUGAACAAGCAAAGUUAAUUCACAGUAUCAAAUACAUGGAACACAUUAAGGUCAACAAGGAUGGAAGUGCUUCGUUUACUGUGGAGAUGGACCUGAAAAGUGCUAGCAGCAACAUUUAUCUGCUUAAGGAUGGUGAGAAGGUCCGUUAUGGAACUGGGGAUGAAUACAGAAAGUAUUACCUUAGACAGAUUGGAAAGAGGUAUCAUUUUAUUGUCAACGAUGUGCAUCCAGAAGAUGCAGGCUUGUAUCAAGUCAGAGUGGAGGAUGUACCUAUUUUCUCAACUGAGCUGGACGCUGAAUCCAUCCCUGUGAGAUUUCAGAAGCCGCUCAGAGAUCUGCAUUGUCACGAGGACGAAGAUGUUGUGUUUGAUUGUGUCCUGCGCUCUCCCUGCUUUGAUGCUGUGUGGUUGCAUAAAGCCCAUCCCCUCGAGGCAAGUGAGAAGCACCAGAUCUCUGUGAGCCCCGAUGGCCUGAGCCACCAGCUUAUCAUCAAAAAUGCUGUGACCGCUGACAGCGGCUUGUACACCCUCGACACUGGACUCUGCUCCUCCAGGGCUUGGCUUCUUGUAGAGCAUGCCAGAGAGGCAAAGAUACAGGAUGAGGAACAUGAAAAAUCUGACCAUCAGAAGGGAACGCCAGAUAAAGACAGAGCUAAGAGGCUUAAACGUGGAGAGUAUGUUGGCGAUGAAGAUCAUCCUAUGGAUGCUGGCAUGAAAAGAGGUGGCUGGCACAGGAGUGACCACGGCGGCGGUCAAGGCUACUCCCCUGAUGCUGAUGGAGAAUUUAAACUUUUAGGAAAAGAAGGGCUGCACAAAAUUGGGGAUGAAAUCAUGGGGCCUGGGCAGUUUGCUAGAGAAGAGGACACUGGAUUAAAAUUUGGAGAAGACAAAAUUGGAUUGAGGCAUGUACACAGUCAGGAUUCUAUGUCAGGCAGAGGAGAUACUGAUGAUGGAUUAGGAGGAGGAACUAAAUCUCAUUCUGUAGCUGGUAGACAUGAUAGCAUGUUAGGUGCAGCUGAUGUUGACAUGGGUGAUGCAGAAGGUGCGUACUCUUGGCAUGACAAGAAUGCUAAACUAGGUGAUGCUAGUUCUGGAGCUGCCUUUGGUGGUAUGAAGAGUUUAGAUGCCACUGAUGGAAGUUCUGUGUCAGGUGGAAUCAAUCUUGGUUCAGCCGGAGUGGGAGGUGCGCAUUCUGUCUAUAGCAAGGAUGGUCUGCCUGCUGCAGUUGAUAUGAAUGCAGUCAGUAUAAAUAGAGAAGGAGAAAUAGGGUCUCCCUACAGCAAAGGAAACCUGUUAGUUGAUGCUGGUGGUCAUGUAGGUCAGGCGGGAAUGUCUGGCUUGCUGUAUGGUGCAGGUGGUGUUCCAGCUGGAGAUGGGGGCAGGCCUGGUGCAGGUGGCAGCUUUGUAGGAGAAAUGGAGGUUUUAUACGGUCCAGAUGGUCUACCAGUUGGGGCAGGUGUUGAUGCUAAAAGGGGGGAUCUGUAUGGGAAGCACGGUCAGUCAAGUGAACCUUAUGGAAAGGAUGGUUUACCAGCAGGAAUGGAAGCAGGGCUUGGUGGUGCUGGUUUGGAAGGUGCCGGCUCUGUGUAUGGAAAGGGUGCAGCUGGUGGUGCAGCUGGUGCAGGGCAAUUUGGGCCGUUAUAUGGAAAAGAUGGACUCCCAGCUGGGGCUGUCAUUGGUGGCACUGGUGCAGGGGGUGUUGGGUCUCCAUUUGGGAAGGAUGGUCUCCCAGCUGGAGCUGGGGCUGGUGUUGAUGGUGCAGGUUUAGCUGGUGCAGGGGGAGUUGGGUUUCCAUAUGGGAAGGAUGGUCUCCCAGCUGGAGCUGGUGUUGAUGGUGCUGCAGGUUUAGCUGGUGCAGGGGGAGUUGGGUUUCCAUAUGGGAAGGAUGGUCUUCCAGCUGGAGCUGGUGUUGAUGGUGCAGGUUUAGCUGGUGCAGGGGGAGUUGGGUUUCCAUAUGGGAAGGAUGGUCUUCCAGCUGGGGGUGGUGUUGAUGGUGCAGGUUUAGCUGGUGCAGGGGGAGUUGGGUUUCCAUAUGGGAAGGAUGGUCUUCCAGCUGGAGCUGGUGUAGGUGCUGCAGGUUUAGCUGGUGCAGGGGGAGUUGGGUUUCCAUAUGGGAAGGAUGGUCUUCCAGCUGGAGCUGGUGUUGGUGCUGCAGGUUUAGCUGGUGCAGGGGGAGUUGGGUUUCCAUAUGGGAAGGAUGGUCUUCCAGCUGGAGCUGGUGUUGGUGCUGCAGGUUUAGCUGGUGCAGGGGGAGUUGGGUUUCCAUAUGGGAAGGAUGGUCUCCCAGCUGGAGCUGGUGUUGAUGGUGCAGGUUUAGCUGGUGCAGGGGGAGUUGGGUUUCCAUAUGGGAAGGAUGGUCUUCCAGCUGGAGCUGGUGUUGAUGGUGCAGGUUUAGCUGGUGCAGGGGGACUUGGGAUUCCAUUUGGGAAGGAUGGUCUUCCAGCUGGAGCUGGUGUAGGUGCUGCAGGUUUAGCUGGUGCAGGGGGAGUUGGGUUUCCAUAUGGGAAGGAUGGUCUCCCAGCUGGGGGUGGUGUUGAUGGUGCAGGUUUAGCUGGUGCAGGGGGACUUGGGAUUCCAUAUGGGAAGGAUGGUCUCCCAGCUGGAGCUGGUGUAGGUGCUGCAGGUUUAGCUGGUGCAGGGGCAGCUGGGUCUCCAUAUGGAACAGAUGGUCUCCCAGCUGGGGCUGGUGUUGAUGGUGCAGGUUUAGCUGGUGCAGGGGGACUUGGGAUUCCAUAUGGGAAGGAUGGUCUCCCAGCUGGAGCUGGUGUAGGUGCUGCAGGUUUAGCUGGUGCAGGGGCAGCUGGGUCUCCAUAUGGGAAGGAUGGUCUCCUAGCUGGAGCUGGGGCUGGGGCUGGUAUUGGUGCUGCAGGUUUAGCUGGUGUAGAGGCUAUUGGGUCUCCAUAUGGAACAGAUGGUCUCCUGGCUGGGGCUGGUGUUGGUGCUGCAGGUUUAGCUGGUGCAGGGGGAGUUGGGUCUCCAUAUGGGAAGGAUGGUCUCCUGGCUGGGGCUGAUGCUGGUGGUGCAGGUUUAGCUGGAUCUCCAUUUGGGAAAGAUGGUCUCCCAGCUGGAGCUGGUGUUGGUGCUGCAGCUUUAGCUGGUGCAGGGGCAGCUGGAUCUCCAUUUGGGAAGGAUGGUCUCCCAGCUGGGGCUGGGGCUGGUGUUGGUGUUGCAGGUUUAGCUGGUGCAGGUGAAGUUGGGUCUCCAUAUGGGAAGGAUGGUCUCCCAGCUGGGGCUGGUGGUAGUAUAGCUGGUGUAAGGGACGCUGGCUCUUCCUAUGGAAAAGAUGGUCUCUCAGCAGCAGCUGGGUCAGGAGCUGCUCAUUUUCCUUCAGGAGGCGAAGAAGUGAUGGGAUCUCACCGUGGUCGGGAUGCUAUGCUGGGCAGAGCUCAAGGGUCUCUGGGUGGAGCAGGAGGAGCUGGCUUGUCCUCAGAAGGUGGGGGUGUUGGUGGCUCUGCCAUACGAGGUGCUGGAUCUGCACAUGGGUCAGCUGGAUCCAGGGCUGGGGAAAGCAGUGCUGGCAGACUGGGGGGCGAUGGGAGCGAGUUGUACUCAGUCCAUGGUAAAGAAGGUGUGGUUGGUGCUGUUGGAAUGGCUGGUGAAUAUGGGCUGGACUCACGUGCUGGCAAAUCUCCAUAUGGUGAAGCUGGGAAGGGGACUGCCAGUGAUUUGAGAGGAUCAGAGCACAAAGGUUCAUCCCACGACAGAGAAUCACUUUCUGGUCAAGGUGAUGCUAGGGCUGAGGCCAGGGAUUUAGGACAGUCAGGCUCUCCUUAUGACAGGGAUUCCUCCUUUGGAGGUGCAGAGGGCAAAUUCCACGAUAAAUUGUUCAGUGGGUGGAAGCCAGGUAUUUCCAGUCAAAGUUCACAGGGUUCUGAUCAGAUGUCAGCCCUUCAUGGUGGUCCUUCAGUAAGCCAGAGAAAACAGGGACCUGGCCUUGAUAUUAAAGCAGGUGAUUUCUUGAAGAGUACAGAAAGUACAGAAAACAGAAGACGUCAUCACCUGGAUGAUCUGAAAGCUCCACGCUCUCGUGUCAACAAGCAGUUAGCUGAUGUCAGAGUCCUGAAAGGGGAACCAACUGAGCUGUCGUGUGCUGUCAAUAGACAUGACUUAACAGGAACCUGGUUUAAGGAUGGGUUAAAGUUAACAAGCAUGGAAGGAGUCACUUUGGAGAAGGAAGGCCUAGUUCACAAACUCAUUAUUAGCAAGGUAGAAGACAUUCAUGCUGGGAAGUACAGGUUUGAAGCUGGAGAUAUAAAAACUGAAGCUUCAAUUUUUGUUGAAGAUCCUCCACAGGUGAACGAAAUUCUCCUAAAAAACUUAAUGAGUGUUCCUACUGUGGCCAAGGCAGGGGAGAAAGUUGUGAUCAAGAUCCCUUUUGAGGGCCGGCUUCCAGUCAGAGCAAUGUGGCUAAAGGACAAAAUAGAACUGGGAGAUGACUCAAGGAUUCGUGUUGAUAAAACAGACACCUUCACCAUGCUGUCCAUCUCCAAUGCAGAGAGAAAGGACUGUGGGGAUUACAAAGUCAGGCUGAAGAAUGACAGUGGAAUCCUGGAUAUUGACCUAAAGGUUGAGGUAAUAGACAAGCCACAGCGACCUGCAGGACCCCUGAAAAUUGUAGAAAGCUCUGCAAAUGAUGUCACCAUUCAGUGGAAUCCCCCGAAAGAUGAUGGGGGCAAACCAGUACAAAACUAUAUUAUUGAGAAACAGCAGGUGGGCAAGAGCGACUGGGUGACCGUGGGAGAAACCCCCAGGAGCUGCACCACGUUCACUACCAGCAAAGUGGAACAGGACAUGAGUUACUACUUCAGAGUGAGAGCUGUGAAUGCAGAGGGAAGCAGCGAUGCACUGGAAUCAGAUGAGGUGGUGACAAUCAGUAAAGCUACACCUGGUGCCCCAGAUCCUCCCGAGAUCGUCGGUGUCAGCGCAGACACCAUCACAAUAUCCUGGAAGGCACCUCGGAAAACUGGGAGCUCCCGAAUUUCGGGGUACAUCGUUCAGAAACGCAAGAUGGGCAGCAUGACCUGGGUGCCAGUCAACAGUGUGCCCAUAGCAGACAAGAAGCUGAAAGUAACUGAUCUCAAGAAGGGUCUGCAAUAUGAAUUUUGUGUGGCAGCUGUCAAUGCUUCUGGUAUGGGAGAUAUCAGUGCAGCAUCACAAGCUGCCUUUGCUCGGGACUCCACAAAACCUCCAGGUAAAGUGAGGGACCUUAAGAUGACCAUCAGUGACAGCAGCAGUGUCACCUUGACCUGGAACGUACCUGAAGCAGAAGAGGGAAGUGGUGCGAAAGGCUACAACGUGGAGAUGCGAUCUGCCAACAGCCUCAGCUGGACCAAAUGCAACAUUUUUCCUAUAGAAACGACCACUUACAAAAUUAAAGGCCUGCAAGCCAAGGAGUCGUACUUCCUACGUGUGAGAGCCAUCAAUGACUGUGGCCCAGGAGAAGCCACAGAGCUUGAAGCUUUCACUGAAGUUGUUCGUCCCGUUGUUUUUCCCAGGUUCAUAAUAGACAAAACAGUGAAAAAUUUCCUGCUUAUAAAAGCAGGAAACGCCAUUCGAGUGAAUAUUCCUUUUGAGGCACCUCCAGAUUCUGUGUUGACCUGGUUAAAGGAUGGAGCUUCUCUUCCAAGCCGUGCUAAAAUAAGCACCCAGGAUGGUUCCUCCCAGCUGCUGAUUAAAGCAGCUGAGUUCACUGACAGUGGCAUCUAUACUGUUGAGCUCACGAGUGGGACAGGGAAGAGAGAAACAUUCAGCUUCCAAGUUCAAGUUACGGAUAUCCCACAACCACCUGGACCUAUUGAACUGAGAGAGAAUGUGCCAAAUAUAGUGACAGUAACCUGGGAGCCGUCGACAUCUGAGAAAUGGGAAAGCAAUCUCUACUACACAGUCAUGAAACGCGAAUCACAGAAGGGCGUGUGGCACGUGGUGGGUGACCUGAUCUACACCAACAAGUUCACGUACACCAGUGUGAUCCCAGGCAGGGAUUACUACUUCAGGGUGGUGGCAAAAAAUUACUUGGGAUCCAGUCGUCCAUCCGACACUGCGCAGCCUUGGAGAAUUCGAAAACAGAAGGCUGACGUUCAACUCAGACCACAGAGGUACAAGGGAGUAAAUCAGAACCAGCCGCCAAGGUUCCUCGUCCCCCUGAAGCCUCACGUGGUGAUCCCUGGCACCGAGUGCCGCAUGAGCUGUGCGGUUGGAGGCCACCCACCCCCCAAAAUCACGUGGUACAAAGAUGGCAGAGACCUCUCCAACAAUCCCUCCUACUUCGGCACAAACAACUUUGGUGUCUGCUCCCUGGUGAUCUUCGGUGCUUCCAAGGCUGAUGAAGGUGACUACAUGGUUGAAGCCACCAAUGAUUUGGGCCGUGCUUUCAGCAAAGCCUCCCUCAUUGUUAAAGACUCCUGCCUGUGACAGGACCUUCCUGAAACCUCCUCUGCACUCCAGUGUGAACAAGGUUUUCUCUGAGCACUGGCCCUGCACAAAGGCUACGUAUCUGUUUUCAGAUGUGCAAUAUAGUCUGAGUGCUUUUUCAGAUCCGGUAGUUGCAUUUUGAACAGGAUGCUGCAUCGUAGUCAAAACGGUGGGGAAAAGCUUUGGGAAUUGUGUGAUCCUGAUUUUCUUCUACGACCUUUAAAAUACAAAUGAGAAGCUUCCGAAACUCAGAAGAUGAGAGGGAAAAACAAUUGGCCAGAAUGAGACUUUGCGUGGAGAAGACAGGUGUGAGACCGUUCUGCCUCUCCUCUCACUGCUUGGGCUGCUGGCUUUAUCUGUGUAAGAGCAAUUCUCAGACAGGGCAACAUGAACCUGUGCUACUGGCAGUGAAAGUGGGUGGACAAGAAUGAAUGGAAAUCUACACCCAGUUGUAUCUGCGUGAGCAGAUCAGCUACAAAAAAGGAUGUAGCAGUGCUGAGCUGCCACAUUCACGUCACCUUUGAAACGUAGCUGUCCCUGCCCCGUGGCAUCCCUAGAGUAUUAUUGCUUAAUGCUAAAAGAGGUUAAAAAUCUUUCAUGUUUGACCAGAAGUACGAAGUACAACCAAAGGUCCUCUGCUAUGGCUGGAGGAUUCCAUCACUGAAUGGAGAAUGAGACUGGAAAGCCAAAACGUGCUGGUGACCACACAGUGCCUUGGAGCUUUGGCACCACAACAGUUUCCGUGACAGCAUCUCAGAGAGUCUUAAAGCCACUGGGUCCUCAGACAGCCAGUCCAACAUUUAUAUGGGGCUGAAAUGUUUUUUGGUUAUAUUUUGUACAAUGUUGUACAGAUGUAGGAACAGCAGAUCGUUACAUUAAACAGUUGUUCAGUAAAAUUA